AUGACACUUUUGCUUUUCUUUGCUUUCCUGGCUGCUGUUCUGACUCACAUAGAGUGCGGUAACCAACGCCGAGGUCCAGAAAACAGUGGGAGAAGAUUUAACCGGAUUCAGCACGGGCAGUGUGCCUACACUUUCAUUCUUCCAGAACAAGACGGGAACUGUCGUGAGGGUGCGACAGACCAGUACAACACAAAUGCUCUUCAGAGAGAUGCUCCUCACAUGGAUCAGGAUUUCUCUUCUCAGAAACUGCAACAUCUGGAACAUGUGAUGGAAAACUAUACUCAGUGGCUGCAAAAACUCGAGAACUACAUUGUGGAAAAUAUGAAGUCGGAAAUGGCCCAGAUUCAGCAGAAUGCAGUUCAGAACCACACGGCCACCAUGCUCGAGAUAGGAACCAGUCUCCUCAGCCAGACGGCAGAGCAGACCAGGAAACUCACAGAUGUUGAGACGCAGGUCCUAAAUCAAACAUCUCGACUUGAAAUUCAGCUGCUGGAGAAUUCAUUAUCAACAUACAAGCUAGAGAAACAACUGCUUCAACAGACUCAUGAAAUCCUAAAAAUUCACGAGAAAAACAGUUUACUAGAGCAUAAAAUCAUGGAAAUGGAAGGGAGACACAAGGAAGAGCUGAUCACUCUGAAGGAGGAGAAAGAGAAUCUGCAAGGUUUAGUUUCCCGGCAAACUAACAUAAUCCAGGAAUUGGAAAAGCAGUUGAACAGGGCAACGAACAACAACAGUGCUCUUCAGAAGCAACAGCUGGAGUUGAUGGACACAGUCCACAGCCUCAUUAACCUGUGUACUAAAGAUGGCGUUUCACCAAAGAAUACAAAAAAGGAGGAAGAGAAGCCAUUUAGAGAUUGUGCGGAUGUGUAUCAAGCUGGUUUCAACAAAAGUGGAGUUUACACUAUUUAUAUUAAUAAUGUACCAGAGCCUAAAAAGGUCUUUUGCAACAUGGAGAUUACUGGAGGAGGUUGGACAGUCAUCCAACAUCGAGAAGACGGAAGCCUGGAUUUCCAAAGAGGCUGGAAAGAAUACAAAAUGGGUUUUGGUAAUCCAGCUAAUGAAUACUGGCUGGGGAAUGAGUUCAUCUUUGCAAUAACCAGUCAGAGGCAAUAUUCUCUACGAAUCGAAUUAAUGGAUUGGGAAGGAAACCAGGCCUACUCACAAUAUGACCGGUUUCACAUAGGAAAUGAAAAGCAGAAUUACAGGCUGUAUUUAAAGGGUCACAGUGGGACGGCAGGGAAGCAGAGCAGUCUGGUCUUACAUGGUGCCGAUUUCAGCACUAAAGAUGCUGAUAAUGACAACUGUAUGUGCAAAUGUGCCCUCAUGCUAACAGGCGGCUGGUGGUUUGAUGCCUGCGGUCCUUCCAAUCUAAAUGGAAUGUUCUAUACUGCUGGACAAAACCAUGGAAAACUGAAUGGAAUAAAGUGGCACUACUUCAAAGGACCCAGCUAUUCUUUACGUUCCACAACUAUGAUGAUUCGACCUUUGGACUUUUAAAAGCAAAACACCAGAAGCACAUAAAACAAUGAAAAAUUCUAGUGAGACUACCAGAUGAAGAACUUCUUGUAUAAACGUCAGGAGGACCCAGCAUAUCUUCUUCCUCACAAACAAAUAGUAGUUUCACAAAGGGGCAGUGGUUCUCUUCUACCAUUUGUGGUCUGUUGUUCUUCAAACAAGUUUAUCCACUUGAGGGGAUGGGUCUGGAGAGCCUGGUCAAAGAGAAUGUCACUGUUUGACUUUACAAGAGGAGGGAAGUGUAGGAAAAUGUCAUUGUUUCAGCUACUACAACUGGAUUUUACUUCGAAAUGCUGAUUAUAAGACCGAAAAUGCAUUUUUCCACAUAAAGUACUGAAAUAUGAAUGUGCAUGAACAAAAUCUACUCUGUUUGGAAGAACAGAAACCAGCCUGCUAUAUAAACCAUUUUGAUAAAUGAUUGUUAACAGUGGAAUGGCAUUUCAUCUAUGCAAAAGAACUACAAAUAAACCUAUAUAUUAUUGCACAGCUACAAAUAAAAAAUGAAGAAAACACCCAUUCUCUGCCUUUGGAACUAAACCUCAAAGGAUGGGUUUCUGAAGCCAGCAGAUAAUUAGCCUGAGCAUACUACCAGUUUAACCAGUUUAAAAUUUCAGAAACCAUAAAGAAAGAUAGUGUAGGAAUGAAGACGUGAGAAGUGGAAUACUUUCUUGCUUUAAGAACAAAUCAAGCAGAAAAGUGGCUUAAUUCUCGAGCUGUGAUUGAGGAUGUGAUUAGAAAUCUUGUUCCUUUCUUCUAUUGCUGAAGCUUCUGUCUACAUUAAAAUAGAUUGGAUAACAUGAGAAAAGCUGUAAAGAAUGUGAAAUUUUUCAUGUUAUUUUGUAAGCCUAAUUGCAUGUAAUAUUUCAUUUGAAAGUAUACUGGAAAGCAGUAUUUUAGAGUGUAUAAAGGCAAAGACAACACCUUGCUUAUCUGGAUGGGUUCAUUUAACAAAGGCCUUUGCAUGUGCACACAUUUCUGCCUGUCUUAUUUCAUUUAUUUUAAAAUGCUAUUAAGAUUUUAUUUCUUCACCAUGUUAUUUCACCAUAAUUUAAUUUGUGAAUCAGGUUUACCGGAUCCACUCUGUAUUUCAGCUCCUACAAAAUUACUCUUUGCAGCAUCUAGCUAAUAUCAUAAUUAUAAUUAUGAAUUGUAAAUAGCAAGUUUAUAACUAUGGUAAAAUAAAAGGCCAUAUAAUGAUUGUACAUGCAGUCUCAACCUUAUUCAAUACAAAUUAUGCACAGGGUUACCAAAGAAUGCAAUAUUAAAUUACUUACAAAUGUACUAUUUGUAGCUGUUCUUCCAGAAUGGUCAUGUUAAAUAGUUCCUGUUACAUAUAGUACUUUGGAAAGCAUACAUUUUAUGAGAAAAAAAUCUACGUAUUUCUUCCAUACGAAUAUGUAGAGGUGAUAUGUUAGAGUUGUUUUAUAUAUGAAACAUAAAUACAUAUGCAAAUGAACCUACAUUUUUAUAGCAAGAAGUAACCCACCAGAAAACAGGACACAGUAUUAAUUGGAUCCAUACUGAAAUAAAACUGUAGGUUUGAACAGUUGUUCGGUUCCUUUUCUGCAUGCAAAAAGAUCAUAUCAGAUCUUUUGGGCCAAAGGAUCCACUUUGCUCAAUCUUCCACUUCAUUUGGGCUCUCCAACCAACCCAAAAUCUGGACUAACUACUUAAAUAUAUUUUUAUAGUAUUAUUCCAGUGGAUAUAUCCCUUUUGAAGUUACUUUUCAUACUACAUACCUUUGGGGUGACAAAGGUGCAUGGGUAUUUUUAGAAAACUAAAAACCUUUAUAAAAAAAUCAAUUACUUUUCAUCUCUGAUUUACCUCUAUUCCAUGGUGGCUUUCUUCAAUAUGAGCAGUAAAUUCAGCUGUUUAUGGAAAUGUAAAAAAAAAAAGAAAUCAUACACCUUUUUAAUAGUGAUAAUUGCAAUAUAUCACUAGGUUUGCAUAUGUGUAUGUGUAUAUAUAUAUAUAUAUAUACAAUUCUAAAAUUAUCAAUUUUAAGGGUUUGCUGGGUUUAUUAUCUUCUCAUUGUUUUCUUUCAUAGAACUGUUCUGUCCCAGCUUCCCCAUUUAUUCCAGGUUGGCUAUAUUGUGUGAAAAACUUUUUUCUUCCACUGUGUCCUAAAUGAUAUUAUUUUUCAGAUCUUAGAAUGAAGAACAACAUUUCAUAGGAAUACCUAUAAAAAAACAAACACAUGAUAUUUACUGUUUGUUUACUUAUCUGGGUUUGAAAAUGGGAUGUGGUUUCCAAUUCUUUAUAAUAAAGCAUCUUAAAAUUU